AUGAGGACCCUUUCGAUGCUCGCAGCCGCUGCGCUGCUGGGCUCGGCCACCGCCAAGGUGCACAGGCUCAAGCUCGACAAGGUGCCUCUGUCGGAGCAGUUUGAGAAACGCAGCAUCGACGAUCACAUGCGCUCCCUAGGCCAGAAGUACCUGGGCGUCCGGCCAUCUGGGAAUGAGGACCUGUUUCAAGAUACCUCCAUCAAGCCGGACGCCGGCCAUGAUGUGUUGGUCGACAACUUCCUGAACGCCCAAUACUUCUCGGAAAUCACCAUCGGCACCCCUCCGCAAUCCUUCAAGGUAGUCCUUGAUACUGGCAGUUCCAACUUGUGGGUGCCAUCGUCUGAGUGUGGUUCCAUCGCCUGCUACCUGCACAACAAGUAUGAUUCGUCCGCGUCUUCCACCUACAAGAAGAACGGCUCGGAAUUCAGCAUCCGCUACGGAUCGGGCAGCCUGUCGGGCUUCGUUUCUCAGGAUACCGUCCGGAUUGGAGAUCUCACGAUCAAAGAACAGGACUUUGCUGAGGCGACGAGCGAGCCCGGUCUGGCUUUCGCCUUUGGCCGUUUCGACGGCAUCUUGGGUCUGGGCUUUGACACCAUCUCGGUCAACAGGAUUGUUCCCCCUUUCUACAACAUGCUGAACCAGAAGCUGCUCGAUGAGCCUGUGUUUGCUUUCUAUCUCGGCGACACCAACAAGGAGGGCGACGAUUCGGAGGCUACCUUUGGUGGUGUCGACGAGAAGCACUACACUGGCGACCUCGUCAAAAUUCCUCUCCGUCGUAAGGCCUACUGGGAGGUAGACUUUGAUGCUAUCGCAUUUGGUGACAGUGUGGCUGAGCUUGAUGACACUGGCGCCAUCCUCGACACUGGCACUUCCCUGAUUGCCCUGCCUUCUACUCUUGCCGAGCUUCUCAACAAGGAGAUUGGUGCUUCGAAGUCGUGGAACGGCCAGUACACUGUCGACUGCGCGAAGCGCGACUCUCUGCCCGACCUCACCGUGACUCUGACUGGCCACAACUUCACCAUUAGCGCGUAUGACUACAUUCUCGAAGUCCAGGGUUCCUGCAUUAGCGCCUUCAUGGGCAUGGACUUCCCCGAGCCCGUGGGGCCCCUGGCCAUUCUGGGCGAUGCUUUCCUCCGGAGAUGGUACAGCGUCUAUGACCUGGGCAACGGUGCCGUCGGCCUCGCCAAGGCCAAAUAG